ACUAAACUUUAAAUGAAAGUGGGAAUCAGCUGUUCGUGCUUUGAAAUUGAAUUGGUGUUUACGUGGAUUUUUUUUUGCUCGCUCUUAAACUAAAAAAGAAACAAACACAAAAUGAUAACAGAUCUGCAAAAAAUUGGCAUCGGCUUGGCUGGUUUUGGCAUUUCGUUUUUGUUUCUUGGCAUGCUGCUGCUGUUCGAUAAAGGCUUGCUCGCCAUAGGCAAUAUUCUAUUCAUAUCGGGCCUGGGCUGUGUCACCGGUGUGGAGCGCACUUUCCGCUUUUUCUUCCAAAGACACAAAGUUAAAGGCACGACGGCCUUCUUGGGAGGAAUCGUUAUCGUUCUGCUAGGAUUCCCCAUCAUUGGCAUGAUUAUUGAAUCCUAUGGAUUCUUUGCCCUGUUCAGCGGCUUCUUCCCCGUGGCCAUUAAUUUCCUGGGACGAGUGCCAGUUUUAGGAUCGCUGUUAAAUUUACCCUUUAUGCAAAAGAUUGUUCAAAAACUUGGAGGAGACGGAAACCGAACUACGGUGUAACUUUACCAUAAUUGUUCGAAGACUUUUGUAUAAAGUAAAUAAAAUAAAUUGAAAUUCUUGUAAACCCCA